GCUGAUUCCCCUGCCCGCUACCGCACUCAGUGCGAUUCUGGGAUGAUCCUGCCCUUUGUGUUAGCACACCCUUAGACUGGAAUUUUCCUCUCCCACCAGCAGAGGGGUUGGUGGAAGGAGGGGAUGGAGAAUAUGAGUGGGGGAAAAACGAUCAGUUUCCCGACAGGGAGAAAUGACAGCGACUUUUACUGUCCCGACUGUCACGGCAGAUAAUAGUGGGCUGCAAUUAUCAUAUCAUUAACGGUAUUCAAAUCAGCAUCAGACCGGAAUGUUCCCCCUUGCCUGCAUAUCCUCCACCCUGCCAGCAGGAGUUCAGGCCGAUCCGAUUUACAACCAGACUGGACUUCACAUGACCAGGCAGCACUGACCUGAGAAGCCAUGGCCUGAAUCUCCAGAGGAACACUUGGAGGAAGAAAGUUAGUCAAGAGAGAAAGAGAAAUGUGAUUACAAGUGAGGUAAGCACAGAAUGAUGAUCAGUUCGAAGAAGGGAAUCACAACUGAACAAGAUCCAUCGCAGCCACUGGGAGGAGAAAGAGUCUGCUGGAGAGGAGAAAGAUGAUGAUGAUCAGGAGGAGGAGGAGGACCAAAACUACUACUGUGUUAACUAAGAUGACAAUGAUGACGUGGAUAACGAUGAGGAGCAAGAUGGUGAGAAAAAGGCACGGGAAAAGAAAUUUUACAGACAUGAGACUGAGGACAGUUUUGCUGCUCACUGCACUGCUCUACAUUGAUGCUGCAGCAACUGUCAGUAUUUGGAAUUCAGCAAGUCGAUUGAAUAGGAGAAAAGCGCAGUCUCUUCGUCACCAUUUAUCUGACAACAAUGUUCAUAUGAAAUUUCAUCCCCGUCCUAUUCUUUUUCCUGAGAAAAACCCAGAGCUACGUUAUUCCCAUCCCUUGUCCAAGAACAACCCAGAGGUACCUCUAUCCCAUUCCAUUCCUUUGCCUGAGAACAAAAAUGCAAUGGCACUUCAUCCCCAUUCUAGUCCUUUGCCUGAGGGCAAAUCCACAGCAAAUUAUCCCUAUCCUAUUCCUUUGCCUAAGAAGAACAACCCAGAUUCAUCAUUUCACCGUCCUUAUCCGUUUCAUCCUCAGAGCAAACCAAUUUUUACCCAAGAUUUGGCCCCAACUUUUCUUGUAGCGACUCCUCUUAACUAUCCUACGAAAGGGAAAGCAAUUAUGCCUGAGACCCGCCCUUAUCCUCAUACUUAUCCUCAUCCUUCUCCCUUUCUGAACAAGAACAAAUUACUACCUUUUAACUAUCCUGAAGUGGAUCCCUCUUCAGAGCAAGAGUCAGAAGUAGAACCUUCCCAUUCUCCAGACAAUGUGACAGAAAUGGAACCUUAUGCUUCUUUAGAGGAUGAGCUAGAACAGGAAGGGGAUUCUUCUGCACAGGAUGGAACAGAAAAGGAAAUGGUUCUUUUCUCAGAGAAAGGGAUGCAAGAGGAACCUCCUAUCACUGCAAAAAGCCCCCAUCCCAGUCGAGCAUCUUGUUUAGUUGGGUGGAUUUAUCAUAAGGAACUAUCUGCCUGUUACAACUUUUUCCAAGCUAAAAUGACCUGGAUACAAGCUGAGAUGUCUUGCCAAAUGUAUGCAUCUGGUGCUCAUCUUGCCUCCAUACACGGGGAAGGAUACAAUCAGUUCAUUCAGGGUUUGAUAAAACAGAAGAAUCCAAUACAAUCCAGCACUUGGAUUGGUCUGAGUGAUUGUCACAAGGAGGGUAUUUAUCUGUGGACUGAUGGAUCUCUGUUGGAUUUCACAAAAUGGAAUGACAACCAACCUAAUGAUGAAGCAGAGGCAGAAAACUGUGUGAACAUCAAUUCUGAAGGUGUUGGAGGCAAAUGGUAUGACAGAGCCUGUUCAGAUGAACUUCCAUUUAUUUGUUCCUACAAGCUCUUCUGAAGUUUAAAAAGAACAACAAUGCUUCAAGAAUUCUUUUGAUUUGCUUCAUAGUGCUGGUAUUACAGUUUAAAGUCAUUCUAACAGCUUAAACCAGCAGCAAAUAAUAAACACAACUGCAAAAUAAUCGUUGUUUUAGUUUAUUUGCUGAGACAGGUCUGUAAUCAACUCAUUCCUUAAACAUUGAAUUAGUAAUAAUAUGCUUGACACAUUUUGGGUAAAAUUUCCCACAUAAAAGCAUUUAUUUUCCAAAUUCUAUGUGUUCUGUCAUAAAGCAAAGUGUAUUCACAUAUAUUUAAAGAAAGGAGCAAUACAUGAUUAAAAUACUAAAAAGCUAUCUUUAAUGUUGUUUUCCCAGACUUUAAAUAACGAUUUAAUAGCCUGUCCAGAAAUCAAUAAACACCCUGUACCCAUGGUGUUGAGAAGUCUCUGAUCUUUCCUGGCUGUAAGUAGGAGAUGAAAAAUGGAAUCAGAGAGACAGACAGACAGUCAAGUGGCACAUUUCAAACAAAAUGCUAUGAAGAUUGGGAAUUGGAAGUAUACUUAAAAAAAAUGCAGGGCUAUUGGAUAAGAAGGGGAGUGGGACCAGCUGGAUAAUCUUUUCAAAGAGCCUGCAUCAACAAUUGGCUGAAAGGCAUUCUCCUGUGCUGUAUGAUUCUAUGGCUGAGCUAUCAGGUCCAGGAGAGGCUGUGAGAAGGUUAAAAUGCAGUGGAGUCUUUAGACAUAUUUUCAGCAAAGUCAAACAAGGUGAUGUAGGAAGAUUAAUGUGUUCAUUAUUUUUUAUGAUAAUAAAAAGAUGAAUUGUAUUGAUUGAAAUAAAUGGAUCUGAUCAUAA